AUGACGGACUUCGAUGCGCUGGACCAGGUGGACCCGUUCUACAUGGCGCUGCUGCGCUCGCGCCAGCGGCGGUUCGCGGACUGCAUCGACAUCUGCACGGACAUCCUGGCGCAGAACCCGUACGACCAGGCCGCGUGGGUCACCAAGACCAAGGCCAUGACCAUGCAGAACUUCAUCGACGACUCGGAGCUCGAGGAGGACGGUGCUGCGGACCUGCUCAUGGACGACAACGUCAUGGCAUCCAUGCCGCGACCCGGGACUUCGCUCAACCGGCCCAACUCGCGGGCCGGCACGGGCGACCCGAGUCUGCGGCCCAUGACGUCCACCGGCCGGCCGCUCAGUGGUUUCGCGCGGCCCGGAACGAGCUCGAGGCCGGGGACAAGCAGCAUGUCGGUGGAUCGCGCGCUGCAGGGCAACCGGCCAGGCACAUCGCGACCAGCCACGACACUGGGACGGCAGGUGCGGCUGGGCACGGCGUCGAUGCAGGCGUCCGACUCGGGCGUGUUCAUCGACGUGAACCGACUCGACUUCAAGCGAUACGCCAAGCGGCCAGCGAUCGCGAAGGCACUCGUUGACUACUUGCUCUACUGCGAGCACAACCCAAGGAAGGCGCUGGAACUGGCUGCAGAGGCGACGGUUGCUGCGGACUACAAGGACUGGUGGUGGAAGGCGCGCCUCGGCAAGUGCUACUACCAACUGGGGCUCUUCCGCGACGCGGAGAAACAGUUCGAGUCGUCGCUGCGCAACCAGGACAUGGUCAUCACCUUUUUGGAGCUAGGAAAGGUUUAUUUGCGUCUGGACCAGCCGAACACGGCGCUGGACAGGUAUGAGAAGAGCAAGACCAAGUUCCCAGGGGACGUCCAGCUCUUGGUUAGCAUUGCGCGGGUCCACGAUAUGCUCAACGACGUGGAGAAGAGCGUCAGCGUGUACAAAGAGGUGCUGCAGCUGGACGCGUCUAACGUCGAGGCCAUCGCGUGCCUGGCGUCAAACUACUUUUACACAGACCACCCGGAGGUGGCGCUGCGCUACUACCGACGCCUGCUGCAGAUGGACGUGAACACCGCCGAGCUCUGGUGCAACAUCGGACUCUGCUGCUUCUACGCGUCGCAGUAUGACAUGACGCUCUCGUGCUUCGAUCGCGCACUAUCACUCGCGUCGGACGACUGCAUGGCCGACGUCUGGUAUAAUAUCGGCCAGGUAGCCAUUGGCAUCGGUGACCUAGGGCUUGCCUACCAGGCCUUCAAGAUCGCCGUGUCCGUGGAUAGCAACCACGCCGAAUCGUACAACAACCUCGGCGUGCUGGAACUGCGCAAGGGCAAUCUCGACCAGGCACGCGCCAACUUCCAGCUCUCCGAGACGCUCGCUGAUUUCAUGUUCGAGCCAAGCUAUAACCGCGCGCUGCUGGCGUACAAGGUCGGCGACUUCCACGACUCUUUCACCAAGGUCAACCGCGCGCUCACCACGAACCCGACGCACAGCGACUCGCUGGAGCUCAAGAAGCAGCUGCAGCAGUUCCUCACGAUGCUCUAA